AUGUCGAGACUAUCGCUGAUUCACCGGAUUACCCCAUUUUUCGCCGCUCGGAUUCGGCAGAAUCACCGGCUUCUAAGUUCUUCUUCUUCCUCUGCGCUCCGCCAAGCUCCCUCUGCCGCUCCAUCCCUCGAAGAAUCUCUGCACCUGACCGAAAAUUGCAUCCGGAGAAUGAAAGAACUGCAAGCCAGUGAGAGAUCAACAGAUGAGAAAAUGCUGCGCUUGGGAGUAGAAACCGGUGGAUGUUCAGGAUUCCAAUAUGUUUUUGACUUGGACGAUAAGUUGAACCCUGAUGACAGAGUAUUUGAGAAGGAAGGAGUGAAACUAGUUGUUGAUAAUAUAUCUUACGAUUUCGUUAAAGGGGCAACCAUAGAUUAUGUUGAAGAGCUCAUUCGAUCUGCAUUCCAAGUGACUGAAAAUCCAAGUGCAGUUGGCGGGUGCAGUUGUAAAAGCUCUUUCAUGGUUAAAUAG